UUCAAAAGUAUUUAUGGCUUAUCGUGUAGUGGCAGAUGCAUAUUCAAGGAGGUGUAAUUAAGGGUGUGUGGAGUGGAGAUGGGUAGGUCAAGCUUUUAUAGGGCGCUUGAAGCCACUGUUCUUCCCGCUGGUGCAAAUGCAAAUGUUCCUCCAUCAUGAUGGCGAUCCAUGAACCAGAAGGGCUAUGCGCAGGUUAACGUGCACCUUCCAUCAAGAGGGAGGCAGAUCGAGACAGAGUUCCUUGUUGCCAGCUGCUCUCUUAAUUUCUUCCCAUUUACCACUGUUGGUUGGUUUAUUAUUGAGAAUUAAUGAGUGGGGCUCUGAUUUGUUUGUGCUAUUUGUUUUACUGGUAAUGGUGGUGAUCUAGGCAUCUCAGCUUCUGGGUGGCACUGAAUGAAAUGGAUACCGGAACUAGAAGGAAGAGACGACAAGCCCCACCUCUGAUUCUGGCUCUCUUCCUCCUUGUUUUCUUCUCAAGAUGCACAGUCCACGUUUUGGGUUUGAAUUACACAAAUCUGAGACAAGUAUCAAGCUUAAGAGUUGCAAGGAUUCAGAGACAUUUGGAGAAGAUAAACAAGCUUUCUGUUAAAACCAUUGAGAGCCCAGAUGGAGAUAUCAUUGAUUGUGUUCAUAGACACAAUCAGCCAGCCUUAGAUCAUCCACUUUUAAAGAAUCACAAGAUCCAGAGAGUACCUCCAGAGAUGCCAAGAAUGAGAGUGACAAAGGAAGGAGGAGGAGUAAGAAGUUACAAUAGCAGUGAAGGAACAGAACAUACAUGGCAAACAUGGCAUCAAAUUGGAGAGAGAUGUCCGAAGGGGACGAUUCCGAUGCGACGAAGCUCAGUGAAUGAUGUCUUGAGAGCUAAGUCUCUGUAUCACUUUGGGAAGAAACAACGCAGGCUGCCUCUUGAUAGAUAUGUUGAAGCACCUGAUGUGGUCAGCGGCAAUGGCCAUGAGCAUGCGAUUGCAUACACUGGAUCAUCAACGGAAGAAAUAUACGGAGCAAAGGCUACAAUAAACGUGUGGGACCCAUCAAUUCAAGUGGAGAACGAGUUCAGUUUGUCUCAGAUUUGGGUUCUCUCUGGAUCCUUUGACGGCUCAGAUCUGAACAGCAUAGAAGCUGGUUGGCAGGUCAGUCCGGAGCUUUACGGGGACAGCAAACCUAGAUUAUUUACUUAUUGGACGAGUGACUCGUAUGAGGCGACGGGGUGCUACAACCUUCUCUGUGCAGGAUUUGUACAGACAAACAGUAAGAUUGCCAUUGGAGCAGCUAUAUCUCCGGUCUCGAAAUUCUCCGGCAACCAAUUUGACAUCACCAUUCUUAUUUGGAAGGAUCCCAAUCUAGGGAAUUGGUGGCUUGGAUUUGGUGAUAACACAUUAGUGGGUUACUGGCCGGCGGAGCUGUUCACACACUUAGGAGACUAUGCAACCAUGGUGGAGUGGGGUGGUGAAGUGGUGAACUCAAGGGCCAACGGCAAGCACACAUCAACGCAAAUGGGCUCCGGCCAUUUCGCCGAGGCAGGGUUCGGCAAGUCGAGCUACUUCCGAAACCUAGAGAUUGUUGAUGCAGACAACAGUCUCAGCCCAGCCCAAGACAUCUCCACCCUCGCUGAGAACACUAACUGUUACAACAUCAGGAGCUCCUCCAACAAUGAAUGGGGCACCCAUUUCUAUUAUGGUGGGCCUGGGAAAAACCCACAGUGCCCAUAAUCAUCAACCAUUUAUACAACCUUAGAAGAAAGUAAAAUCUCCAUUCUUAAUUCUUUCUUCCUAAAGUUCCUAUAAAUAUCUUUCUCUAGUUACAAGUGUAUUGUUUUGAAUUACCAAAAUGUGUAAUCUCAUUAUUUUUGUUCCAUCAAACGGGCUUAGGUUUUUUAUUUUGCUUUCCUUUUCUUUGGUCCCUUGUAUUUUUCUUUUUUCUUGGGUAAUGAUCCUUGUAAUUUUAGUGUUAUAUUCUUCAAAGUACUAUGAUAUAAUGGACU